ACAAACGACAAAACGACGAGAUUUUUUCGAGGAUAUUUUACAAUUUAUCCCAUAAUUUUCAUUUGUCUAAAGAACAAUUUAAUCUCCAAUACACUGUAGCGUUUAUAAAGACCAAAAGCUUUCCGAAAAUGCCAAGCAGUAGGUCUUACCGAAAAAGAAGCAAAAGCCGAAGCAAAUCCCGCAGUCCUGAACGAGAUCGCAAAAGAAAGAGGUCACGCGACAGGAAGAGAUCAAGAAGUCGGGACCGACGGUCGCGGAGCCGGGAUAAGAGGUCAAGAAGUCGAGACAGGAGUCGGCGCUCAAGAUCGAGAGACCGUCGUCGAUCUAGGAGUAAAGAGCGUAGGAGGUCGAGGAGCAGAGACCGAAGGAGGAGGCCUGAUAAAAGAGACCGAGAUAGGAGACUGAGUCCGAGCAGGGAUAGGAAAAGGAAGUCUAAGUCAUUAAGCCCGGUCCGUGGAAGUACCAAGACCAAAGGUGGGACUGAUGAGAAGGGCCCAACGCACAGAGAGGGUGCUUUAUCGACCAAGGACGAACCACUAGAUAAGGAAGCAGAACAAAAACGGCUUGAAGUUGAAAUGCAAAAGAGAAGGGAGCGCAUAGAAAAAUGGCGUCUGGAACGUAAGAAACAACAGGAGCCGUUUGCGCCACAAAUUGUCAUCAACCCUCCAAGCAAGAAAACGUGGAAUUUAGAAGAUGAUGAUGAUGAUGACGAUGAGGUUGUCGGGAAUAAGGAUGGUAAAGAUGAGGAGGAGGAAGUUGAUCCCUUGGAUGCAUUCAUGGCAUCUGUCCAGAAUGAAGUGGCAACACUGAAAAAUGAUGGCAAGACGACAGGCAAAGGCAACGACAACGAGGAUGAGAAAAUGGAUACCGGUACUGCAGCAGCCGAGGGACCCAGUAAGGUGACAAUGAUCACUGCUGUGGCCAAAAAGAAGUCAGAUCCCUCCAAGGUGAAGGGAGAGUUAAUGGAGAGUAAUGCGGAUGCUAUGGAGUAUUCUUCAGAGGAAGAAGAAGAAGAUCUGGAUAUGACUAUGUUGAAUAUAAACAAGAAGAAAAAGGAACUGAUUCUCGUCGAUCACAACAAAAUCUACUACGCACCUUUCAAGAAGAACUUCUAUGUGGAAGUGCCUGAGAUCAUGGCCAUGACACAAGAGGAGGCCACUGCCCUGAGAGAGGAGAUGGAGGGGAUCAAAGUACGUGGAAAGGGCUGUCCAAAGCCUAUACGAACCUGGGCUCAGUGUGGAGUAGCAAAGAAAAUCAUGGAUGCCUUAAAAAAAAACAUGUUUGAGAAGCCAACUCCCAUCCAAGCCCAGGCGAUUCCUGCUAUCAUGUCAGGGCGUGAUCUGAUCGGUAUUGCCAAGACAGGCAGCGGUAAAACCCUUGCUUUCCUACUGCCCAUGUUCAGACAUAUCUGUGACCAGCCAGAGAUGGAUCCAGAAGAUGGACCAAUUGCUGUGGUGAUGACCCCUACAAGAGAGUUGGCAAUGCAGAUCUUCAAAGAAUGUAAAAAGUUUGCGAAGCCCCUUGGUCUGAGGACGGUGUGCGUUUAUGGGGGAACGGGUAUAUCGGAACAGAUUGCUGAACUGAAGAGGGGUGCUGAGAUAAUCGUCUGUACGCCUGGACGGAUGAUUGACAUGUUGGCAGCUAAUAGCGGUCGUGUGACGAAUUUGCGGCGCUGUACGUACAUAGUCCUUGACGAAGCUGACCGGAUGUUUGACAUGGGCUUUGAACCUCAGGUGAUGCGUAUCAUUGACAACAUUCGGCCGGAUCGACAGACUGUGAUGUUCUCUGCGACAUUUCCUCGUCAGAUGGAAGGACUAGCGCGGAAGAUUUUGACAAAACCUAUCGAGGUGCAAGUCGGUGGCCGAAGUGUUGUGUGCCAUGAUGUCAAACAGCACGUGAUCUUACUGGAAGAGGAUGAAAAGUUCUUUAAACUGCUAGAGCUGCUUGGCCAAUAUCAGGAAGAUGGAAGUGUGCUGGUAUUUGUUGACAAGCAGGAACACGCAGACGACCUCAUGAAGAACUUGCACCAACAUUCAUAUCCUUGCUUGUCCCUCCAUGGUGGUAUUGACCAGUAUGAUCGGGACAGCACGAUUUUGGACUUCAAGAAAGGCGAUAUCAAAUUACUAAUUGCUACCUCAGUUGCUGCUCGUGGUCUUGAUGUGAAGGACCUGAUUUUGGUGGUGAACUAUGACUGCCCCAAUCACUACGAGGACUACGUGCAUCGAUGUGGGCGAACCGGUCGUGCCGGCAACAAAGGGAAUGCUUAUACGUUUAUUACCCCAGAUGAAGAAAGGCAUGUGGGUGACAUCAUUAAAUCCUUGGCAGCCUCCGGAGAAGAGGUCCCGGCAGAUUUGACCCAACUUUGGGAGGCGUACAAGGAAAGGGCGCAAUCAGAGGGUCGUAAGGUGAAGAGCAGUAGUGGUUUCAAGGGUAAGGGCUUCAAGUUUGAUGAGACGGAGGCCCAGCUUGCUGAUGAGAGGAAGAAGUUACAGAAAGCGGCUCUUGGGCUGCAUGACUCGGACUCAGAGGAUGGAGGCAUGGACAUUGAUGAACAAAUUGAAGAAAUGUUUGCCAGUAUCAAGCGAGUCACUGACGUAGCCAAGCCCAUGAUCAACCAGCAAGCCCAGCCCACUGCCACCAACCAACAGAAGCUAGAACUUGCCAAGCGUUUGGCAUUCAAAAUAAACAUGCAGAGGAACCUUGGGGCCGAGGCACAGGACAUCACACAACAGGCAGCUGCUGCUAUCAUGCAGAACAGGAUGAUGACACCAGUGCCACAAGUUUCAUCAAAGACAAUAGCAGAACAAAUGGCAGAGAAGAUCAACGCCAAGUUGGGUUACCGUCCACAGUCGGAGGAGGAGAAAGACCAGGCUGAAAGUCAGACAGAGACGUUCAAACGUUACGAGGAGGAGUUGGAGAUUAACAAUUUCCCACAGACUGCGAGGUGGAAGGUUACCUCCAAGGAGGCUUUGGCACAGAUUUGUGAGUAUUCAGAGGCGGGCAUCACUGUCCGUGGGACAUACUUUCCACCCGGCAAGGCUCCUAAAGAAGAGGAUGAAAGGAAGCUAUACCUGGCUAUUGAGGCAACCAGUGAACUGGCCAUCUCAACAGCAAAGAAGGAAAUCACACGACUUAUCAAGGAGGAACUUGUCAGACUGCAAAACUCAUAUCAGCCUAUCAACAAAGGCAGAUACAAAGUUUUAUAACAAUGGGGGACGAAUUGCAUCUAUUCCACAAUUCGCUGGAGGGAACUUAUCGAGGUGUUCAUGGCCAGUGUUGUGCUACUAGUGGCCAAAUCGGGUGUAUGUGAUGCCUGUCCAUUCAGUUUACGUCACUCCAUUCAGUGUGUCUGUCAACUGAAGAUAAUUCUUAUUCUGUGGAGAGUAGGUUGGGCCUGAGGGGCGCUCUACAUGUAGCAGUGUUUCAUUCUUGAUUAGUCUCUUCCAUAAUAACAGGGACAUUUACCUAUGAUAUACUUAGAUUUUUGUGAACAAUGUUGUGCUACAAGCACAUUUGGUCAGAGACUGAAUUAACUUUCUUGAUAUGGUUUUAUUUAAUCUGAAGACUGCUGAAAAGGGAUACAUGAUUGCCGGAGCUGUGUGACCGAUGUUUGUCAUGUCAUUAUUAUCAUGAUAUUGAAAUAAGCAAUCAGAGUAUUA